CGUAAAGGCAUAUCUUAUCUCUCAGCUCAGCUAGAGCCUCUCUCUCUCUCUCCCUCUCUCUCUCUCUCUCUCUCAUCCGUCCGUGAAGAAAAGCAUCCAAAGCAGCUAGAAGGAAGGUCUCUCCAAUUCCCAUCGCCAUCUCCGCAGAACCAUGGGCGAAGACGAUACCAUCGGUUUUGAGGCCUUGAGGCAGACGCUCGUGUACUGGAACAUAGAUGACUACCCAAUCCCUACCGAUGAUCUUGAUCCUGUUUUUGGCGAUAUCUUAAAAGCUCUUCAUGUAAUGGGCUUUCGUAAUGGGUAUAUAGACGUGUAUCUGUAUUCUGAGCAAAUCAACUGCGAGGCCAUAGUAACUAAUGACUUCUUAGGCCAAGGCGAGUAUUAUUGUGCUUUUGGUUACAAAGUGCUCGAUAUCACUUUGUAUAUGAUUCGUCGCGCAACGUGUAUUGGACCAGGACCAGUGAAUUAUUUUGUAAUUGCAAAACCAAAAAGGGAGUUACAUAGGGUUCUGCAGUGUUUGAAAUCGAGGCGUCACAAUGUUCUUCUAGUAAAGCCGCCGCCCCCUGGUGAAAAGUUUCUCUUUAGUGUAGACUCUCUACUUGAGAAUGCUCGAUUUUUAGGUGGAGGAAAGCCUAGAUUCAAAGAAUUAUAUGCUUCUCAUGCGUCUGAGUAUGAUAUCUCCUUUGAAAAGUAUGUAGAGAUCAAAGAAGAUGUCUCCAAGAUGGUAGAUUUCUCCGAGCGUAUCCCAACCGUCAGAGGGCCUAGGACAGCCGUCUUCUGGGACGCCGUGGAUUGCCCUUUCCCUCCUUCUUCCUCUCCUGAUGCGAUCUACCACUCUAUCUCAUCAGCUCUUGCUGAAAGGUGUUUUAGUGAUAAUAUUACUGUCUGGGCCUAUCUUGAUGAUGAUGCUGACAAGAAAGGGUCUGCCUUACUGGGUGGUGACAAGACGUGGGCUUCCAGAAUCUACUUUCUUCCCGGAGGGGAUAAAGCCUCGAGACGUAUCAGAAUGUUAAAUGACAUGUUUUUAUGGGCAAGGGACUCUCCUCGGGGCAUGCGUUAUGAAGCUAGUUUGGUCCUGUUCGCAGAUCAGUUCAUAGGUGCCCGCGGCUACUACACCGAUAUGCUUCGACGAUUGGAUGCCAUGUAUUACGAUCUUCUCUUUGUCACGCCGACUCUGCACAUCAACAACCCCGAAAGCCCUCAGUGGCCUGGAUUGCUUAUAGAUAGAGGCGCAUCCUAUUUUGCUUUUGAAGAACCUCCUAGCCCCAAAAUGCAUGAAGCCCAUGCCGCCGCUGAAGAAGAAACUCUUAACACGCAUGGCAAUCCUCUCUUGGAAACUGAGGACAUCAAGAAAUCACAAAGCCCUGAAUUGCAAGCAGGAUUGCUAAUAGAUGGAGGACGAGGCUGUGAAAGCUCUGAGAAAGGAACACCUAAGAGGAUUGCCCUGUCUCCCUUGGAACCUAAUACUUGUUACGGCCGAAGGACAAACUAAACGUGUUGGAUAUGUAAUGUGUUGAGAUCGUUUUUUUAGUAUAAACCUCUGGAAACUUAGUAUCUUGAUUUUAAACUAUAAAUGUCAUGAGAGGUACAAGUCAGUUCUUA